GCCUUACGCAAGGCAGAAAGAGCUUCGCUUCGGAUCGGAGUAGACACUUACACAUAUUCGUAAAAUUCGUGAAAUGCGGAUUCAGUGUUUUCUCCUCUUACAAAUCUCUGUGCAUUGUCAUGCCUUAAACGCCGAGAUGACAGAAACUGAUGGCAGAUCUACACCCUAUUGGUGGGAGGCAGUGCCCAGAGUCCUGACCGACAUUGUGACCAUGAAAGCCAAUAUCCUCACGGCUGUGCCUCUCGAGCUGGCAGCCAAUGCGAUAGAUACCCUGUGCUCUUCCACGCUGUUUAUGGGCAGAGUACCACCGAAGAUCACUCCAGAUAUAAACAAAAUGCACUUUCAGUACAUGACGCCCUGCCACAACUACAGUGUUCCACUGCUGGAUGCAGCGAAGCUCUGGAAUCACUCCAAGUUUGGCAAGGGUCGCAAGGUGGUCAUCUUGGCUACCGGCUGGACAAACACCGUUAACGAAUCCUCCGCCAUCGCCAUGAUAUCGAGAGCCUUCAUGUGUCGCCGCGACGUAAAUUUUGUUAUUGUGGACGCAGCCGAUUAUGUGGACACACUGUACUCCUGGUCGGCAUUAAACACGGACCUUAUCGGCGAGUACAUUGCUAUGGGUCUAACGCACUUGACAGAGCUCACUCCACUGAGAAAUAUCCACUUGAUCGGGCACUCCCUGGGGGCACACAUAAUGGGCACUGCUGGGCGCACAUUUCAGCGGCUUACUGGACGACUGGUACCCCGUAUAACUGGACUGGACCCCGCGAAACCCUGUUUUCGGCAAGAAAACAUUCUGCCGGGACUGACCCGGGGGGAUGCGCAGCUGGUGGACAUCAUUCACACCAACAUUGGUAUUCUGGCGAAGCGUGGGCCGCUGGGAGAUGUUGAUUUCUAUCCGGGUGGCGCACAUCCCAUACAGCCCGGCUGCCUGACCAUUGGCUGCUCGCACACACGCGCUGUAGAGUACUUUGCUGAGAGCGCAUAUCCCCAACAGGAGAAGAACUUUAUGGCCACCAAAUGCAGUUCCUGGGACGAGCUCAGACGGCGCGACUGCAGGGCGGUCACGGGCUUGGGCACGGGCAAUCCUUCCUCGAUGGGAUACAUAAUUGAUAGAAAAGCAAGAGGCAUCUAUUACGUAGAUGUGAAUGGAUGGCCCCCGUAUGGUCGAAGUAUUAGUAAGGCGGUAAAUCCCAGAUCAGAGACCUGCCACCUUUGUCGGACGUGAGACAUUAAACACGAUUGCUAGCCUACAGAUACGUAAUUUUACUAUUUUAGCUGAUUAGAAUGUAAUUUCCGUAAGAUCUAGAUCAUCAUUAAAGGCCUCCGAGAUGUCCUUUUGG